GACAGCUGCAUCAGCACUGUUCAGGACCAGCCUCACCUACCAAAGCUCCGUUCGUCAACUUUAGAGCUUCAACGUCACGAUCUUCACUUCCAUCAACACAAUCUACGAAAUACCCCACAACACGGCGGAAAGUACCCAAGGAUAGAUAUCUUCGACGUACCACGUGGAAUUUGGAUACGACAUCCUUAUACAGAGCCCUCCUCACACACCAUGGCUUCCGAUCAAGAGAGGGACCACGCCCUCCAGAACCUCCGCGCCAAGCUAAUCGAGUCGCGGGAAUGGGAAGCAAAGCUCAAGGCGCUACGAUUAGAGAUCAAGGGACUGGCCAAGGACUUCGACACCACCGAGGACAACAUCAAGGCACUGCAGAGCGUCGGACAGAUCAUUGGUGAAGUCUUGAAGCAGUUAGACGAGGAGAGAUUUAUCGUCAAGGCGUCCUCAGGUCCCCGCUAUGUCGUCGGUUGCCGAUCCAAAGUCGACAAGGCCAAACUCAAGCAAGGAACCCGUGUGGCACUCGAUAUGACUACACUCACCAUCAUGCGAAUGCUGCCGCGAGAAGUCGACCCUCUAGUCUACAACAUGUCGCUUGAGGACCCCGGCCAAGUCAGCUUUGCCGGUAUCGGUGGCUUGAACGAACAGAUCAGAGAGUUGCGCGAAGUGAUCGAGCUGCCCCUCAAGAACCCAGAGCUCUUCCUCAGAGUAGGCAUCAAGCCGCCAAAGGGCGUCUUGUUGUACGGUCCCCCGGGUACCGGUAAGACCCUGUUGGCAAGAGCGGUGGCUAGCAGUCUUGAGACCAACUUCUUGAAGGUUGUCUCGUCAGCCAUUGUAGACAAAUAUAUCGGAGAGUCUGCAAGACUGAUCAGAGAAAUGUUCGGCUACGCCAAAGAACACGAGCCCUGUAUCAUCUUCAUGGACGAGAUUGAUGCGAUCGGCGGACGAAGAUUCUCCGAGGGCACUAGUGCUGAUCGCGAAAUUCAACGUACACUGAUGGAACUGCUCAACCAACUCGAUGGUUUCGACUACUUGGGCAAGACAAAGAUCAUCAUGGCUACCAACAGACCCGAUACCCUCGACCCCGCUUUGUUGCGUGCCGGACGUCUGGACCGAAAGAUCGAGAUUCCCCUCCCGAACGAGGUCGGACGACUAGAGAUUAUCAAGAUCCAUGCACAAAGCGUGGUUACGGACGGCGAGAUCGACUAUGAGAGUGUGGUCAAGAUGAGUGAUGGCUUGAACGGUGCCGAUCUACGAAAUAUCGUGACAGAAGCUGGUCUGUUCGCCAUCAAAGACUAUCGUGACGCGAUUAAUCAGGAUGACUUCAACAAGGCAGUAAGAAAGUUGGCCGAGAGUAAAAAGCUAGAGAGUAAAUUAGAUUACAAAUUCUAGACAGCGCGGACUGGGUAGCAUGACUAAGUCUGUAUUGCGAUGACCUUGAUGUAUUAUUAGUCUGCAUUGCGAUGACCCUCAUGUAUUAUCACUUGAAUUGAACACGGGGCUUUCACGACGA